AUGGCGCCCGUCCCCUAUGCAGCGGAGGGAAACGGGGGGUCUCCCGCGGUCCUCAGCAGAGCGGGGGACCGCCACGCUUGGGGUGGAGACCUGACCCUCGCACCUCCCGGUCCUCCUGCAGAGCGGCUCCUCGACCUUCCCUCUGUGGAAUCUCAGCUGGCGGAGGAGGUCCAGCAGCAGAUCAUCCGAGAGACUUUCCACCUGGUGCUGAAGCGGGACGACCACAUCUGCAAUUUCCUGGAGUGCGGCAGCCUGUUUGGUGGCUCGGACUACAAGCUGAUCUACCGCCACUACGCCACGCUGUACUUCGUCUUCUGCGUGGACUCCUCGGAGAGCGAAUUGGGCAUCCUGGACCUCAUCCAGGUGUUUGUGGAGACGCUGGACAAGUGCUUUGAGAACGUCUGCGAGCUAGACCUCAUCUUCCACAUGGACAAGGUUCACCACAUCUUGCAGGAGGUGGUGAUAGGCGGCAUGGUGCUGGAGACCAACAUGAACGAGAUCGUGGCGCAGGUGGAGGCCCAGAGCAAGCUGGAGAAGGCGGAGGUGAGUGGCGAUGCCGCGGCUCUGCCCCGCGGGAGGCUGAUGUACUCCAGGCUGCGAUGGGGGACAGCCUGCGGGGUCUGGAGCUGA